UGAUACUUGGGACUGGUCAUCAGAGCCGCUCUGCCUUCACUAUGAAGUCCAGCGGCUUCUUGCCUUUCGUGGUGCUCCUUGUUCUGGGAAUCUUGGCAUUCCGGUCUGUGGAAGGAGGUAAGGAUGGUGCUAUUAAAAUCGGAGCCUGCCCUUCUAGAAAGCCUGCCCAGUGCCUUAGGCGUGAGAAACCGCAGUGCGGUAGUGACUGGGAAUGCCCAGGGAAAAAGAGGUGCUGCCAAGAUAGGUGUGGUAUCAAAUGCCUUGAUCCUGUUCCCAUUCGCAGACCAGUGGCAAAGAAGCCUGGGAAGUGCCACAAGUUUAAAGGAAAAUGUCUGAUGCUUAAUCCUCCCAAUAAGUGUGAGCUCGAUGGCCAGUGUGAGGGCAACUAUAAGUGCUGCCCUGGCAUGUGUGGGAAAAUCUGCCUUCCUCCAGAGUAAGCCUGGUUCCUGACAUUUGGAGACAGCUCUGGACUCACUCUGAGUGGUCUGGAAACUACUUUGCUCCCUAGCUCCCUGGCUCCUUGGUUCCUGGGCUCUUAGGUUCCCAGGCUCCUAGGCUUGGAUCCUGUGGAGAGGGUUUACUUGCGCUGUCAACAUCUCCUUUUGGCACAUGCACAGCAUUCAGGAGGCCUUAAGGAAAUGCUGCUGGAGAGCAUAUAAAUAAACACAUUUAUUUCCCUAAGCA